AAAAGCCAGAGGUCCAGGUCCAGGUCGCUAGCAGAGUCGUUUGAUUUGUUUGUUUGUUUGUUUUUCAGAAUAACCCCCUAAAAUGCCUCACGCAAUCUUCUCCAUCCCCGAAAUCUUCGAAUCAAUCCUCCUCUCCAUCGACCUACACACCCUCCUCCUAUCUCAACGAGUCUGCAAGAAAUUCCACGCCCUCAUAAGCACCUCAAGCGCUCUCCAAGAAGCCCUGUUCUUCAAGCCAGUCCGCCAUCAGCUGCCAUAUGGAUCCGAAGACCGUGUUCGCAAUUCUCUCGUCGAAGACUAUCUCUGGCAAUCACAGUUUCUACAGAGCCACAACGAUGCAUUGACCAGACCCGAGGCGAGUUGGCGACGGAUGGUCUUUCAACAGCCACCUACCUCGACGAUUUGUGUUAUUGAGUACUCGCAGUUUUGGGGAAAGCCGCGGUACCGGCGGUUUAAGUUCACGAAGGCGGAUGGUGGUUGUUUGCGGAUGGAGGAUGUUGUGACUGCUGUUCCGGGGAUGGAUGCGAAUACGGAUUGUAUUAGUAUUCUGGUUCCGGGGGAGGAUAAGUGGAUAUUAUGGCAUGAGCCGUCUCUCGAUCUUGACAAGGUGAAGAAACUGGAGGAGAAAUAUGAGAAUGAGAGGGCGGCCACGACUACGAUGUUUCUGGAGGACUGUGACUUUGUCGUUUUCGUUAGAGUCUGCGGUUAUCUUCGUCCGGGGGCGUGGCAUGAUGUGGGGGAACGGCAGUUGACGGGGUGGUUGGAGUCGAUUGGGAAGGGGGAGUAUGUCGAGGACGUCGAGAAUUACGAUGAGUGAUUUGUUCGACCUGCUUUGUGGGACCGUACAACGGUUCAAGGGCCCAGAUGUUUUAUUUUUUCUAUUGUACAGGGGAAAGGCGGAGAUAGUGAUAUCUAGAAGACAAUGGUUUUCUGAGAUUACAGGCGUGUCGAUAUAGAACGGCGAGGACUCUACAGUUCUCCCCACUUCUCGAAGUUUUAGUCCUCUUUAUGCA